AUGAAGCUCGGUCCCUCGCUGGCCCGCCUGGGCACGACGGCCACCUUGGCCUGCCUGCUGGCCGUUGUCACAAUGUCCCAGCUCGCCCUCCUCGCCGAGGCCAUGGGCGUCGUCGCGUUCGACUACGGCACCGAAUGGAUGAAGGUGUCGCUCGUCAAGCCCGGCCUGCCCUUUGACGUCGUCCUGGACCGCGACUCGAAGCGCAAGAUCCAGUCGGCCGUCUCUUUCAAGAAAUGGGGGCUCGAAGAGGAGAUCCUCUACGGCACCAACGCCUACAACCACGCCACACGCGAGCCAAAGCAGAGCUUCUACGCGCUCAAGACGCUCCUCGGCAGGUCGUCGGACGGCGACGCCGACAGGGCUGCCCGCGACCACUUUUCGUCCAUCUUCGGCAACGACGUCGUCGGCACCGACCGCGGCACCUGCGCGCUCCAGCGGCCCUUCCAGGCCGACAACUCGUCGUCCUACCCGACGCUCUCGGUCGAGGAGCUGGUCGGCAUGCAGCUCGAGUACGGCAAGAAGCUCGCAGAGGAGACGGCCGGCGAAAAGGUCCAGCUCGGGCUACCCGCCAACUUCAACAUCGGUUCCUUUGGCGGCCUCGACACCGUCGUCACGGUGCCCGCCUUUUUCACCGCCGCCGAACGCCAGGCCAUCUACGACUCUGCCGUCCUCGCCGGCUUCCGCCCGCGCCUGGUGAGCGACGGUGCCGCCGCCGCCGUCAACUACGCCCAGACCCGCACCUUCCCGCAGCCCGAGAAGCACCUCUUCUACGACGCCGGCUCCGGCUCGGUCCGCGCCACCGUCGUCGAGUUCUCCACCCAGGCCAUCACCGCCGACUCGAUCCUCUCGAUUGGCAACACCCAGAAGGAGGCCAUUGUCGUCAACGUGCUCGGCGCCGGCUGGGACCGCGAGGCGGGCGGCCUCAAGCUCGACCUCAUCCUCCGCGACAGGCUGGCCGCCGAGUUUGACAAGCAGCACGGCUCCCAGCUCAGUGGCGGCACCAUCAAGACCAACCACCGCGCCAUGGCCCGCCUGCUCAAGGAGGCCAACCGCGUCAAGCACAUCCUCUCGGCCAACGACGCCGCCUCGAGCGCCGUCGAGAGCCUGGCCGAGGACAUCGACUUCCGCACCAGCAUCGACCGCCAGUCGUUCGAGGACGAGGUGGCCCGCGCCGGCAUGUCGAAGCGCUUCACCGACCCGGUGCAGAUGGCGCUGCGCAACGCCGGCCUCUCGAUGGGCGACAUCCAGUCGGUCGUCCUCGUCGGCGGCACCACGCGCGUCCCGCUCGUCCAGGCCGCGCUCCGCUCGGCCGGCGUGCCCGACGACAAGAUCGCCCAGAACGUCAACGCCGACGAGGCCGCCGUGAUGGGUGCCGCCUUCUACGGCGCCAGCUACAACCCGCAGUUCAGGAUGAAGGCGAUCCGCGCCUACGAUCUCGUCCCCUACCCGGUCACGCUCAAGGAGGCCAGCGGCGCCGAGGAGAUCAUCUACCCGGCCAAGUCGUACGAGGUCGAGGGCGUGGUGCGCAGGUACCCUGGCGCCACCGAGGACUUUAGCUUCGAGCUGCAGUACGCCGCGGGCUCCGAGCGGUUGCUCGAGGGCCACGGCCGCGGCAUCUCCAAGGUCGAGCUGACGGGCAUCUCCGAGGGCCUCAAGGACCUCAGAGAGAGCGACCAGCUGGGCAGCAUCGAGACGCAGGUCAACCUCACCAUUGUCAGCCGGCCCCUGGGCACCUACAUGGUCGAGAGCGCCUCGCUCACCGUCAAGCCCAAGCCCGGCGGCAUCGCCGGCGCGCUCAAGAGCUUCUUUGGCGUCAGCAGCCCCAAGAAGGCGUCGGCGACGUCGAGCAGCAACAGCAGCGCCAGCGCCGCGGCGAACGGCACCGAGUCUGACGCUACUGCCGAGGACAGGAAGGCCGACGGCGACGACGCCGCCGCCGCCGCCGCGAGUGCCGACGACGACGAGGCUGCGGAGCUGGCGGCCAGGGACCGCGUGCUCAAGCUGACGGCGCGCACCAUCCCGAGCGCGGGCACGCUGCGGAGCAUGACGGGCGAGGAGCAGAAGAAGUCCAAGGACCGGCUGUGGACAAUGUCGCAGGCGGCGUCGCGCAAGGCGGCGCGCGAGGAGGCGCGCAACGGCAUCGAGUCGUACAUCUACCGGGUGCGCGACAUGCUCUACGACCCGGUCUUUGAGACGGUGUCCAAGGCGAGCGAGCGCGAGGCCAUCCAGGCCAAGGCCGAGGAGCUGUCCGAGUGGCUGGGCGACGUCGAGGGCGAAAAGGCCGAGACGGCGGUGCUGCGGCUGAAGCGGGCCAGCCUCGAGAAGCUGGUCAAGCCGCUCGAGACGAGGCUGCUGCAGUCCAAGACGCGCACCGUCGCCUACGGCGCCUUUGAGCGCAGCCUCGAGGCCGGGCGGGCGUUUGUCGUCGAGGCCAAGGCCAACCUGACGGCGGCGCUCGAGUCCAACCAGGCCAGCAAGUACAGCCUGACGGAGCUCGACGCGCUCGAGAGGCAGGUGGAGCGGGACGGCGAGUGGUUCGAAAAGGGCAAGGCGGAGCAGGCCAAGCGCGGCCAGGACGAGGACCCGGCCAUCCUCAGCGAGGACCUCGACAGGCGGAGGAAAAAGGUCGAGGACACCAUCGCCAAGCUCGUCAAGCGGAGGAUCCCCAAGACGCGGCCGCCCAAGAAGGCGGGCAGGGGGUCCAAGGGCGACGACAAGAAGGACAAGGAGGAGAAGAAGGGCGGCAGCAGCGACGACGACAAGAAGCAGGAGGCACCCAAGCACGAGGAGCUCUAG